AUGCCUAAACCAGUGCUGUACACCAUCGAACUUAGUCCACCGUGCCGGGCAGUGGAACUAACUGCAAAAGCGUUGGGAUUGGAUUUCGAGCGCAAGGCCGUAAACUUGUUGGCUGGAGACAAUCUGAAGCCAGAAUUCUUGAAGUUAAACCCGAAACAUACGAUUCCGGUCCUGGAUGACAAUGGGACCAUUAUCGGCGACAGUCACGCCAUCAUGAUUUAUCUGGUGCGAAAGUACGGCAAGACUGAUGCGCUCUAUCCAUCCGACAUCGUUCAGCAAGCACGGGUCAACGAGGCACUCCAUUUCGAGUCUGGCGUACUGUUAGCACGACUUCGGUUCAUUACGGAACUCGUCUUUUUCGCUCGCAAAGCGGAGAUCCCCGAGGAUCGCAUCGAGUACGUGCGAAAGGCGUAUCGUCUGCUGGAGGAUUCCUUGGACGAUGAUUUUGUUGCCGGUCGUCAGAUGACUAUCGCUGACUUUAGCUGCAUUUCGACGGUUGCCUCUACGAUGGAGUUUAUAGCGCUGGAUAAAUCAGAGUUCCCGCGAACUAACGCUUGGGUGGAACGGAUGAAGAAGCUACCCUACUACGAGGAGGCCAAUGGUGCCGGUGCUACCGGAUUGGGCCAGCUUGUUGUGAAGCAGUUGGCCGAUAAUGCGAAAGCAUAA